AUGUUCGGUGGUUUGUUUAUGGCGACGCAGUACGGUCGGCCGCUGCGCUCCGAUCGCCGCCAGGGAGGACCAACAGGCGACUUACGCGGAACGAGAGCCGCUACCACUCCGGUGAGUCAUAAUAUAAAGAAGCUAUCGUUGCCCAUAGACCUGUUGGUCGUGUGUGAUGUCAUUCUUGGGCUCCUUUUGUGUCGGGUCGAUUAUGAAAUACGUCUUGCCUGUCUUGGUCGUGCUCUUGUUCAUUUCGCAUUAUUUAUCACGCUAUGA